AUGUUCCAGAUCGUCUUGACAGCAGCUACGUUUGCUGGUGUCGCAGUAGCGGCGACGAAUAGCUCUUGUAUCGUAACUCAGUAUGCGGACGUGAAUGCGACAGUUGCGUCGUGUACCGACAUUACGCUUUCGAACAUCCUUGUUCCCAGCGGCCAAACGCUUGAUUUGACAAAACUCAAGACUGGCGCCACUGUGACUUUCGCGGGCAAGACAUCUUUCGAGUAUUAUGACGGCAACAUCGACCUCAUCAAAGUAGCCGGUACAGACAUUACCAUCACCGCCGAACCGGAUGCCAUAAUCGAUGGAAAUGGCCAGGAAUGGUGGGACGGCCUAGGUUCAAACGGUGGCAUCUCUAAGCCAAACCACUUCAUCACCGUCAGCAAGGCGAACGGCGCUUCCACUAUCAAAGACUUGUACAUUCAGAAUUGGCCGGUGCACUGUUUCUCCAUCUCUAACUGCAACGGCCUCAGCAUCUACAACAUCACGCUGAACAACACCGCCGGCGAUGCACCAAACAACCGCUCUGACGGCCUGCCAGCAGCUCACAACUCGGAUGGUUUUGAUCUAUCGUCGUGCAACAAUGUUACUCUUCGCGACUCCUGGGUUCGUAACCAGGACGACUGCGUGGCCGUGACAUCGGGCGACAACAUCACCGUACGAAACAUGUACUGUGACGGCGGCCACGGACUCAGCAUCGGCAGCGUAGGCGGCAAGUCUAACAACAACGUCACCAACAUCCUCUUUGAAGACAGCAAGGUGCUCAACAACCAGAAUGGCGCGCGUAUCAAGACGAACUCGGAGACCACUGGUUACAUCGCGGGAAUUACAUACCGCAACAUCGAGCUGGUCAACAUCUCCACGUAUGGUAUCGAUAUACAGCAGGAUUACCUGAACGGUGGCCCAACGGGUGAGCCGACCAACGGUGUGAUCAUCAAGAACAUCACCAUGGAGAACAUCCAUGGUACGGUGACGGGCGACGCGAAGGAUUACUAUAUCCUCUGUGGUGAUGGGUCGUGCUCGGAUUUCACGUUCAACAACAUUAGCAUUACCGGGGGAACGAACAGCAGCUGCAACUUCCAUCCCGAAGGCGACUUCACAUGCCAAGAGUAG